AAUAAUGUCGUCUAAAAGCAGAAAAUUCGCCUUCGCCUUGCAUGCUAUGCACUUGCAAUUUUCUGGAAUUAUCUAUCUUAUCAAAAUUGAAAAUAAGAAUGAGAACAUUAUUUAUUGAAGUCAAGUUACCGACGAAUGGCGUUAUUCAUUUAAUUUUUUGAAAAAGUAUAUUGUACCGUGUAUAUUGAUAGAAGAAAAUUCAUAGGAACCUACGUGAAGUGAAAUAACAAUGGCAUACUCAUCGGCAGCGAUGGAAGAGCUACUCAGUGGCCUUACCGGUAUAGCAAGGGUUGUCAGAGCAGCUGACGAACUAGAUAUUUCCAAUCCGCCGAGCAAUAAAUCAGCCUCAGAUAAAUCUCAGUUAUUACUAGAACUGGCCAACUCGAAAACUCGGAAAAUUGAUCCUAAGGUAGAAAAACAACGGAAAAGUUUACCCAUUUAUAAGAAAAAAGACGAACUAAUCGAGGCUCUUACCAAGCAUCAAAUCCUGAUCAUAAUUGGUGAGACUGGUUCAGGUAAAACAACACAAAUCCCUCAAUACAUCGUUGAAGCUGGAUUAACAGUUACGGGUAAAGUUGGCUGUACCCAAUUACGUAGAAUGGCUGCUAAAGCUAUAGCUAAACGAGUAGCCAAAGAAAGGGGUACCCAAAUGGGUCAAGAAGUCGGUUACACGAUUCGUUUCGAGGAUAAAACCUCACCUCACACGAAAAUACAAUAUAUGACGGAUGGUAUUCUGUUGAGGGAGUGUACCUAUGAUCGAGCUCUGAGCAGUUUUGCUGCCAUAAUUUUGGAUGAAUCUCACGAAAGAACGAUCGAUACCGAUGUACUAUUAGCCGUACUGAAAAUGAUCACAGCUAGAAGAAGUGAUUUAAAAUUAAUCAUAUCUUCGGCUACCUUGGACGCAAAAAAGUUCUCCGAGUACUUCUAUAACGCUCCUGUUUUCACAAUUAACGGUAGGAUGUUUCCUGUCGAAGUCGAAUAUUUACGUCAUUGCGUCACCAUCACGAGUUACGUUUCCGAAGCUUGUCGAAAAGUACUAGAAAUCAAUCAAAGGGAACCCGAAGGCGAUAUAUUAAUUUUCAUGAGCGGUGAAGACGAUAUAGAAAAUUUAGCUGAUAUGCUGGAUCAAGAGAGUUAUAAUAUUUCAAGUUUAUACAAUAAAUUACAAAUUGUGCCCGUUUACGCUGCUUUGCCUUGGGAACACCAAGCUUUAAUAUUCGAAAAAGCUCAAGCUGGCUGCAGAAAGGUAGUCAUCGCUACGAACAUUGCUGAAACUUCUUUAACCGUUGAUGGAAUCCGGUACGUUAUCGAUGCUGGGUACGUUAAACAAAAAGUAUACGAUUCUCGUAAAGAUAGAGAGGUAUUGAAACGUAUCCGAGUGAGUCAAGCUCAAGCUAUUCAGAGAACUGGUCGAGCUGGUCGUGUUGGCCCUGGAAAGUGUUUCAGACUGUAUUCAGUCGACGAUUUUAUGACUAUGGCCAAAGCUGUCGAUCCUGAAAUCAGCAGGAGUAAUUUGACCAAUGCGGUUUUAUUGUUGAAAAAAAUGGGAUUUAAUGAUAUCUUCGAGAUAGAUUUUCUCGAUAACCCUCCUCGUGAAACUAUCCAAGAAGCUAUCGAUGAAUUGAAACUCUACCAAGCUCUGGAUGCUUACGGGAAUAUCACAGAAAUCGGUCACAAAAUGGCUGGGUUUCCUUUAGAACCCAAUUUAGCGAAAAUGGUGAUCAUUUCCGAGAAGUUGGGGUGCUCGGAAGAGAUAAUCACAAUAAUGGCGAUGCUUUCUGUCGCCAAUGUUUUCCAUAGACCAAAGAAACUGCGUAACGAAGCAGACUUAGCAAAAUCUCGAUUCUCUUCCAAUCACGGAGAUUUGGUUAGAUUACUGGAUGUUUACAGAACUUGGACAUACAAUCAGUACGAGCAAAAAUGGUGCAAAGAUAACUUUGUGAAUUAUCGUGCUCUCGAACAAGCUGCCCAAAUUAGGGAACAACUAGUCGACGUUAUGACGAAAAGGAACAUGAAGAUGAUAUCAUGCGGUCAUAAUAUGGUUGUCGUAUUAAAAUCCAUAUGCUCUGGAUUCUUUCAAAACCUUGCUGAGAAGCAGGUGGGACUUCUUCGCAAAAACUAUAAAUAUGUGACACGUCCCAAAGGUGAAGAAGUCUUUAUACAUCCUGGAAGCAGUUUAUUCAAAGUUCAUCCGAAUUGGGUAGUUUUCCAAAGAACUGUUCAAACUACUAAACCUUAUAUGAGGGAAAUAACGCCGGUUGAAGUAGAAUGGCUCAAAGAGUUCACUCCGAUGUUUGAUAAAGCUUCUCAGGUCUAUUGACUAUUGAUUUUUUUUACCAUUUUAUACGCGAUAUUCUACUCGAUGUUAUAUUAAGAUUUAAAUCAUUGUUUUAUUGCCUAGAUUGUAUCAAUUUUGUACCUACUAUUUUAUCGAGUUUUUCGAUCGCUUCCAAUUGAUUUAUUAUUUAUUCUUAUAAUUUUCUUCUUUCUUUUUUUUUACGAAUGUGGUAUUAAUCAUUUCGAUGUGAUAUUGUUAGUUUGUCGAAAAAUAUACUCGAUAAUUUUCAAAUUGA